AUGUCGUCCUGUCGCCUGCGGCCAACGACCGCCUUCGCCACGGCCGUCCUGCUGUCGCUCGCCGGCGCCGCCAUGGCCGAGAACUCGGCCUGCAUUUCUCUAUCCGGCUCCACCAAGUGCCCUGCCUUCAGCGAAUCUUCCAUUUCCACCGGCGAUGCCCUGACCGGUCUCUUUCCAUUUCUCGCAUACGUAUCUGACACGGACUCGUUUGACCAGUAUCUCGCUGCUUAUGUCCAAGACGGCUUUGUACAACAGAGAUACGUCCAGCUGCUGGGUUGCUCCAACAUCGACUCUGACAACACCACCGACGUCUACGCCAGAUACACUACUAGCGUAUUGUGUAAUACUAUUGUACAGAACUCAAUUGACGACUGCUCCUUGUCCGACGAUCAGUCCCGUCCGCUCUGCGCUGAUACCUGCGCCGAGUAUGCCAUCAGCGAGCAAGAAAUCGCAUCUGCUCCAGAGCUUUGCGGAACGACGAGUGACAAUGUCAACACGCAAAUCCGUGCCGACUUCACCAACUGCGCUCUUCCCGCCAAUGCCCUCACCGGCACCUGCAUAUCAGGCGUCGAAAAUGAGGCCGACAACUGCGGCUAUAUGGACAACCUCCAAGGCCUGUGCUCCUUCUGCGCCUCUAGCUCCCCGAACGCAACCGAUUCGUGCUGCAACAACUCCAACGUGAACGAACGUUGUCAAAAUGUGGACCUGCCAACAACGACAUCCAUGCCGCCACUUUUCACGACCUCUACAGCAGGAGCCAACCCAACCGCAACGUCUUCUGCAGGGAAUGGUAGCGGUGUUCGGCGCGGCCUCUCCCCGGGUCAGAUUGCUGGCAUCGUCAUUGGCGCUGUUCUGGGCGCUGCCCUCCUCUUGGCUCUCAUGAUUUGCGCCUGUAUUAUCCUUCGACGACGUCGGGCAAGCCAAGUCAGCAGCGUCUUCAAUACACCUUCGCCUUCGCGUGGAAACACAGCCGCACCGGCCAUGUCGUACUCUAAUAUACGCGAGCAGCCAUCCAUUCCCCCUACUGGUCGCGUUGCUCGCAUGAACGCCCUCGAAGAGACGUCGAGUUCCGACCCAUACAGCAGCCCUCGUGUAGGCCACAGGUAUGGUGAAUCUGAUGGGUCCGGGGAAAGUCCGCGCUCUGUGGUUGUUGCCGCCGGAAGGCUGCCAAAACGCAACGGCUCUCUUUCGAGCUCAUCCAGGCUUAACAUCGGGGAUGAUCCCUACUCUCCCGAACAAAACAGCAACGACGAGUUUUCGUCACCAGAGAUGGGUAGUGGUCAGUCGGAGCAGCUUCCGUUCUUCAAGGAUUACUAUUCGCAGGACGAGAUCAUGCCUGGUGACUCGGUCGCUGUCUUGUGGGCGUACCAGCCCCGCGCCAACGACGAGUUCGAGCUGGAGAGAGGCGAAAUGAUCAAAGUUAUGGGUAUAUGGGAUGAUGGAUGGGCUACCGGAAUGAAGAUAACACAAACCGCCGAAGACUGGGAUGCAAACAGAAAAAUUCAGAGGGACAGUGGUAUGUCAAACGGCAGUCAGCGUCCAGUGGAGGCUGUGGGAGAGGUGAAGGCCUUCCCGCUUGUCUGCGUUUGUUUGCCUCAGCACUGGAGGAAAACAAUAGACGGCGAUUCCUCCGCGGGCGAUUCUGACAGGCCGCCGCCUCACAGCCCUUGA